UACGUUUUUUUAUAUCUAUUAAGUUAAAAAUUGACUGCUGCUUUUUGGCAAUUUUAUUGGCAUGUAAAAGUGUGGACCGAAGCACAUUUGCACUUCAUACUUAAAAUGAGCGCACGAACAUCGUUUUUUACACCCUAUAACAUUACAAAAAAAGAAGCUUUCAAUUCUUUUAAUUACAUUUAUAUGCUACAACCAUCACAAGUUAUAUCAAGCUUUUGCUUUGUGUUCCUUUACAUUGACGUGACGUUAUCUAGGGAAGCACGUGUAGUCAGGAAUGCUGCAUUUUAUUAAGUGAAAAAAAAUUGUUUUGGAACGCUUCGCGAUUUUUGGCAUCCAAUCAAAAGUACGUAUUCUUAUGAAACAUAUAAGUAAUGUCAAUAUAUACAUCCAUAUGUUAAAUAAUUUCCUUAACAUAAUUAUCACCAAAAACUCGUUUCAUAUGACUUUAAACUCUUUUCUGCACUGCAACACAUUUUGUUUUUAAAGAUUUUGAAGUCACAUUUGAUAAACGAUGACUGUUUAUGUGGCCGCAAUAGACUUUGGGACAACGUAUUCAGGAUAUGCAUUUUCAGUUAGUGCACCAGAAACUGAGCUGAAGGAUGUAGAAAUCUUAUCUAAUCAGAUUUGGAAUUCUGGGACGGCGGAAGUUGCAUCCCUAAAGACCCCCACGUGUCUGCUGCUCUCUAAAGACCGAAAAGUAUCAGUUUUUGGGUAUGAAGCAGAAGAACAGUAUGUAGACAUUGUAUUGGAUGGAGAUACAGAAGAUUACUACUUCUUUCAUAGAUUUAAGAUGAAUCUUCACAAUAACAAGAAUAUUACUAUGACUAUGGAUCUUGAAGACGUAAGAGGACAACCACUACCUGCUAUAGACGUAUUUUCGUUAUCAAUUAAAGCCUUAAAAGACCAUCUUAACAGUACCGUUGAAAUAAAGAAUAUAGUACUUGACGAUGAGAAAACGAAGUGGGUACUUACUGUUCCUGCCAUUUGGACAGACACCGCUAAACAGUUUAUGAGAAACAGUGCUGAAACGGCUGGAAUAUCACGAGAUAUGCUAACCAUAGCCCUUGAACCAGAAGCGGCUUCGAUAUAUUGUCAAACCUUCCCGUCACCUGGUUGCAGAGAAAUAGCUGAAAUUGGAUCAAAAUAUAUGGUCGUGGAUCUUGGUGGUGGCACAAUAGAUGUAACAGUGCAUGAAAAAAUUCCGAACGGCACAUUGAAAGAAGUGACAAAAGCCUCCGGGAAUGGUUGUGGCGGGACCUCGGUUGAUGAUGCAUUUAUCCAACUUUUCGUUCGCAUAUUCGGAAGACCACUUCUCAACAGUCUGAAAUCAGAGAGUCCAGAAUCUUACUUGUAUCUGCUUAGAAGUAUAGAGAACGUUAAACGAACAUUUCAACCAACCCAAACCAGAAAAGUAAACUUAACAAUUCCAUAUGCAACUCUUGACGAUCUCUGCCAGUCAAAUUUGGGUGAAAAUAUUAAAAAUGUCGUCAGUUCAUCUUCAUUGGCAUGUAACAUUGAAAUAUGUAAAGACAAAAUGCGAAUUGGGCCAUUAUUCGUUAAAUCGCUUUUCAAGACAACGUGUGAUAAUGUUAUAACUCUUAUACAGUCUGUUCUACAACAGGGUACCGUUGUCAACGUUUCAAGCAUUCUGCUUGUUGGUGGUUUUGCAGAAUGUAAGAUGGUACAAAAUGCCCUGAAAACUGCUUUUCCAGGCAUUAACAUUAUUUUGCAAGAGGAUUCCGGUCUUAUCGUUCUGAAAGGUGCAGUUUUAUUUGGUUAUAAAUCCGACUUCAUAUCAUCGCGAAUAGCACGAUAUACUUAUGGUAUAAAGGCUGAGAUGCCUUUUGAUGAAAAUAUUCAUGACGUAAAAAGAAUGUAUAUUUCAGAAGAAAAGACAUGUUGCAUCGCUAUAUUUGAUCCAUUCAUGGAAAUCAACACAUCUAUUCCAUUAGGACAUACAAUUAAAAAAGAGUAUUCAACAGACAGUAAGAACGGCUGCGUUCUUUCAGUGUACAGGACGGACAAAGAGAAUGUUAUGUAUACAGACACAGAUGAAUGUACAUUACUUGGGGUGUUAGACAUUUGUAUUUCAAACGAAGAAGGGCAAAGCAGGGAUCUAGAAGCUGUAUUUAACUUUGGAGACACAGAAUUUUCAGUGACUGUGAUAGAUCUUAAAUCGAAAUCUGAAACUAUGGAAUAUUUCGAAAUUCAACGUUAGACUGAUAUUAGAUAAUAUGUUUCGCCUUCAAAAAAUGACAACUCAUGUCAUGCACUUUAAUAAUCUGUUUUAUAGCCAUUUUUCAUCAAACAUCAACCUGUUUCUGUAUUGUUAUGAGUUACAAUUUAUGACUAAAAUCAGCAAAGAUCCAUCGAAACAACAUCUGAUUCAAAAAUUUAAUAACACUUUUAGAUAUUUAGAUGAUAUAUUGGCUCUCAAUAAUGACGACUUCAGUGUGUACACUAAAGAGAUUUAUCCUGCCGAACUGACUUUGAAUAAAGCUAAUACUAACAAUGAGCACUGCCCUUUCCAGGAUCUUGAUAUCUAUAUCUUUAACGGGAAGCUUAAUACCAAAAUUUAUGAUAAAAGAGAUGAUUUUUCAUUUCCUAUUGUUAAUUAUUCAUUUUUAGAUGGUGACGUUCCCUUGUCACCAUCUUAUGGUGUUUAUAUAUCUCAACUUGUUCGAUUCGCUCGUGUAUGUAACAACGUAUUUGAUUUCAACGAAAGAAAUCUCUGUAUUACUGAAAAAUUAUCACACCAGGGUUUUCGAUAUCACAAGCUAGUCAAAUAUUUACUAAAUUUUAUCAUCGGUACAAGGACAUCAUUCGUAAAUAUAAAUCAACAUGCAGACAUCUUAUACAUUCAGGUAUUUCACAUCCAAUAUUUUAUGGUAAUAUUCUUUACAAAGCACAAAAACGUCGGCAUUCACCUCAAAAGCUAACCAAACCUUUAAACAGACUUAUUCGGAAGGGUUAUAGUUACGAUACUGUUGUCAGGUCAUUAAGGAUUGCAUAUUUUGGUAUUAAUAUUGAUUCAUUCAUAGGGUCUUUGCAUCGGCAAUAAACACAUUUAUUCUAAAACCAGUUGUUGGCAUGAUACGGGUUAUGUUCUUCUCAUAUAUUUUAUGAUGGUAUGAUGCUAAACCCUUAACGGGAGGAAUUGUAACUGAUUUUCAUAUGAUGAAGACAUAAUCUUUCAAUCAGUUUAAUUGAGGUCUGGAGCUGGCAUGUCAGUAACUGCUAGUAGUCCUUUGUUAAUUUAUGUAUCAUUGUCAUUUUGCUUAGUUUCUUCUGUUACCUAUUCUGACAUCGGACUCGGACUUCUUUUAAAUUGAGUUUUACUGUGCGUAUUGCUAAUUGUUGCUUUAUUCUACAUUGGCUAGAGGUAUAGGGGGAGGGUUGAGAUCUCAACAAACAUGUUUUACCCCGCCGCAUUUUUUUGCGCCUGUCCCAAGUCAGGAGCCUCUGACCUUUGUUAGUCUUGUAUGUUUUUUUAAUAUUAGUUCCUUUAUAUGUUUUUGGAGUUUAGUGUGAACCAGUACACAAUUUUAUUUAGGGGCCAGCUGCGGACCACCUCCGGGUGCGGGAUUUUCUCGCUGCGUUGAAGACCCAUUGGUGGCCUUCGGCUGUUAUCUGCUCUUUGGUCGGGUUGUUGUCUCUUUGACAUAUUCCCCAUUUCCAUUCUCAAUUUUAGUAUUGACAUUUAUAGUCAAAUAAUUGUACAGUCUUACGAUGAUGACGAUG